CUGUAAUCUGCUCUGCUCUGGCGUUUCCUCCUUCUAGUUCUCGGCGUCUCCUAACUGUUUUCGCAAAUUUACAUUCAUCUCCGAUUUCGAAACUUUUAAACGAUAUAUUUUCUUACUGUUGAUUUGGGCUCCUCAAGGAGUCUCUCAAGCUUCGGCGUUUGAUUCUGCGCAAUCCUGAACAACCUGGGCUGAGACCGCAAUAUUUGUUCCCCAUUGGUUCAGCGAUUCGAGGGCGAGCGUGAGCCUGACGAUACGACUCUCCGUUCUACCCUUAAGAUGCGUAAUUCAAUGCAUGUGGCUCGACCCCGACCCGGCAAGACACGAUUUUGACGACGGUUGGAUUGAGAAGGCGCUGUGCUUGGACAUCCGAGAGAGAACGCCAUUGAAAGCGCGAGUGGUCAUGAUGGACACCCAUUGCCGUAUAUUGUGUCCAGAGGUGACCAAACUGUGAUGGGCAGGCCGGACCGUGUCGUCCGCCAUCUGCGCUGCGGGGAAGUUUUGGUCCGGAGACCGAGCCACGGGAUGCGGGUAGUUUUCCGCCGUGCCCCCUCGUUUGAUGCGGCAAGCGUUCUAGCAUCCCGCGUUUCCUUUCCUGUUUUCGCGUUUCGAAUUGUUAGAUGUAGCAGUAGUUUGCCCCUCUGCCUAGACAAUAACCUUCAUGGGACUGGACACUUCAAGAACUGCACGUUGAGUCUGGACGACUUUUUUGCUUCUCUUAUUGAAAACUCAACGCGCUUAGGACAUUUGAAUCAAAUCCAUGCCAAGUUGCUGGUCCUAGGACUACAUAAUGAUAGUUUUUUGAUCACCAAGCUUGUCAAUUGGAGCUCAAACCUUGGAGAAAUUCAGUAUUCCCGUAAGGUGUUCGAUGAAUUUCCUGACCCGGAUGUGUUCUUGUGGAAUGCUAUAAUUAGGGGUUACUCAAGGCACAAUCUGUUCAGUGAUGCUGUUGAAUUGUACUCUAAGAUGCAGGGGACUGGUGUCAAUCCGGAUGGCUUCACCCUCCCCUACAUUUUGAGAGCAUGUACUGGCUUGCCUGCUCUUGGAAUAGGUAGGUGUGUACAUGGACAGGUUUAUAGGCAUGGGUAUGAAUCAGAUGUGUUUGUGCAGAAUGGUGUUGUGACGUUGUAUGCCAAAUGCGGCAAGGUUGAGCAUGCUAGGAUUGUGUUUGACCAAUUACGUGAUAGGACUGUUGUAUCGUGGACAUCUAUGAUUUCUGGGUAUGCUCAGAAUGGCCAGCCGACGGAAUCUUUGAGAAUUUUCAGCCAGAUGAGGAAAUUGAACGUACAUCCUGAUUGGAUCGCUCUUGUGAGUAUUCUUAAAGCAUACACUGAUAUAGAGGAUCUUGAACAAGGGAAAUCUGUUCACAGUUGUGUCAUCAAGAUGGGUCUUGAGCAUGAACCAGACUUGCUUAUAUCUCUCACAGCCUGUUAUGCCAAGUGUGGUCUUGUCACUGUUGCCCGAACAUUUUUUGAUCAGAUGGAGAUGCCGAACUUGAUUUUGUGGAAUGCCAUGAUUUCUGGGUAUUCAAAGAAUGGCUAUGCUGAGGAAGCUGUGGAGCUGUUCCGAGGCAUGAUCUCGAAAAACAUAAAAACAGAUACUAUAUCUGUGUCAUCUGCUAUUUUGGCGUGUGCCCAAGUGGGCUCUCUUGAGUUGGCAAGAUGGAUGGAUCAGUACAUCUCUAAGAGUGAAUUUAGAGAUGACAUUUUUGUGAAUACAGCACUCAUUGAUAUGUUUGCAAAAUGCGGAAGCAUACAUUUGGCUCGAAAAACUUUUGAUCGUGCACUAGACAAAGAUGUUGUUAUGUGGAGUGCUAUGAUUGUGGGAUAUGGAUUGCAUGGUAAGGGCCGAGAAGCCAUUGAUCUUUACCAUGAGAUGAAGAAAGUUGGUGUGUGCCCAAAUGAUGUCACCUUUGUUGGACUUCUCACUGCAUGCAACCAUUCAGGUCUUUUAAAAGAGGGGUGGGAAUUUUUCCACAGCAUGAGUAGUUAUGGGAUUGAACCACGUCAUCAGCACUAUGCUUGCGUGGUCGAUCUUCUUGGACGCGCUGGACAUUUAAACCAAGCCUACAAUUUUAUCCUAAAGAUGCCAAUCGAACCAGGUGUAUCUGUAUGGGGUGCUCUUUUGAGUGCAUGCAAGAUUCACCGUAAUGUGGCACUGGGUGAAUAUGCUGCACAACAUCUUUUCUCACUAGAUCCAUAUAAUAUUGGACAUUUUGUUCAACUCUCAAAUCUCUAUGCUUCAUUACGUUUAUGGAAUCAAGUUGCCAAAAUACGAGUACUGAUGAGAGAAAAAGGUCUCAAUAAGGACCUUGGAUACAGUUUGAUUGAGGUCAAUGGAAAGCUUCAGGCCUUCCGUGUAGGAGACAAGUCACAUCCAAGAUCUGAGGAAAUAUUUGAAGAACUUGAGAAAUUGGAGAGCAGGUUGAAGGAGGCUGGUUUUGUCCCCAGUACAGAGUCUGUGAUGCAUGACCUGAUACAUGAAGAGAAGGAGCAAUUCCUUUGUAAUCAUAGUGAGAGAAUUGCCAUUGCGUAUGGGUUGAUUAGCACUACUCCUGGAACAACACUUCGUAUAAUAAAAAAUCUCCGUGCAUGUGUUAACUGUCAUGCAGCAACCAAAUUUAUAUCUAAGCUUGUCGAUAGAGAGAUUGUCGUGCGAGAUGCGAAUCGUUUCCAUCAUUUUAAGGAUGGGCUUUGUUCCUGUGGAGACUACUGGUGA